AUGUUACGAAAGUUCUCAGCCAAGAUCGCAGCUCAUCGCUCAGCUGAGUCACCGAAGACCAGUCCGCAAACCUCGUAUCAACCCUCUCACUACUCAACUCCAGCGCGAAAUCCGUCCAUCUACGGCUCUCGAUACUCGGAACUAACGCCACCGGAAUCUCCUCACACGCCACGCUCCUUCGACAGAGCAUCACACUCUGCUACCGGCACACCACGCGCGUCCGAUGGCACACCCUGCUCCACAGCCCAUACACCACACUCUUCCUCGCAACCUCCCAGAUCCCUCAACGAGACACCACGCUCCUCUACUUCAGCACCUCGUCCCACUGUAAAACACCACCUCAGCCCACCCCCACCAAACAUCUCUUACGACGAAGCCGCAUGGGCCAAACACGACUACCUCCUCUACUCUGUCUCAACCCGCGCCUUGAACCUUCACCGAACGGCCCUCGAUAUAGAAGCCCGAUGGCGAGCCGCCGAAGCCGCUACACCCCCCUCGAAACAAUAUACCAUCGGUCGCGCAGCACACAUUCCCACACUAGUAGAAGUUCAUCAGUUGUUAGCGCGGAUCAAUACACUGAAGAGAGAAGAGCGACGAUGGAGGAAAGACUGGCACCCAAGGAGUCCCAUGCUAAGGUAUCCGGCUUGGGGCAAUGUGUAUGGUGAGGCCAUGGGUGUGAGUGCGGGGGAGGGAGAGGCGCCGUGGGAUGUGGUUCAGAAGCUGGAUGCUACGGUUGAGGGGUUGUUGGACAGGCUCAAGGAGAUAUGACGGUUUUUGUUCCUAUUUAAAUAUAGUGUGUGCUUCAUUGGAAAGCAUAUUCUAGUAAAACAAUUCCGCACUGGUGUCAAAUGCUUCCUGCAACAUCUGAUGUAGCUCUAUCACGCCCCCCCAUCGGGGAUAUGGGUUGCUCAUAUUUCAUUAGUCCCAACGCCUCUGCGUAUUUUGACUGUGCCGCUGGUUUAGUGUCCCAGGGAUGUUCUGGUCGCGCGGCUUUUCCUUCAUCAUUGCGGGCCCAGUCGUAGAGCUCCCAGGUCCGCUCACAAAGAACAGCAUUUUUGCUAAGAGUUCUCCGCUUUGCUCUGAUACUGGCUCGCUCUUCGCGAUCGUUACUGUACUGGAGGCUUCGAUUAAGGCGCUGGUGGAUGGAUUCGACUCGAGACGAUAUCUCGCGCGCUA